AGCUUUGAAAAUGGCACACAUAUGUGUUUUUUUUUUUACUUUUUACGCUGCGACUUCGAAUCUGUCCGACUGUCCCUCUGAACCUUUCCCAUCCCACACCGACGGCGGAUGAGAAAAGAGAAAGCGCUUCAUUGCUGACACACUAAACUAAUGGCCAUCGCAAUACGUUGCAUUAAAGUUUCAUUCUUUGGUGCAGUUCUUCGCCCCCUUUACAUUUCCCCCACAACCCCAAUUGAAAUGGAAUCCAAUUCUCUUCUUUCCUUUUUUAAUUUGGAGAUCUGCUCAAUUGUUUUUCUGAAUUGGGUUUAAUUGAACUACAAUUCGCUUCCUAUCUGGAUUUUCAUUUCAAAUUGCAAUCGAAUUAGCUCAGUAAGCCUUCAAAAAGUGCAGAUUGUGCAAACUAGUGGGUCUAUUUUUGGUUCUAUCGGAUCUCUCGUUGUUCAUGUCUCAUUGAAUUUGUUACCCUUUAAAUUUUAACACAUCUUCUCACUUCCAGCAAAGUAAAAAAAGAAGGGAUGCUGUGAAUAAGCAAAGGAGUUAUUUGAUUUUUAGUAGUAGAAAUUAUUAACUAGUUGAGUUUAUUUUGGAAUUCUGUUUUGAUUUGUUUGCCCCUUUUGUUGUGUAUUUGGCUGAAGCAUAAAAAAUGGGCGAUGCUUUGGGUUCUGAUUUGAUCAGUGAUCUUCCUCAGAGCAUCGUGGAGAGCAUCCUGGUGCGGCUUCCAAUAAGGGAUGCUGUGAAAACUAGCAUCUUAUCGAGCAAAUGGAGGUACAAAUGGGCUUCCAUUACUCAACUUGUCUUCGACGAAAAAUGCGUCGAUAGUUGCAGUGACCGAGAUGUUGUUGAGAAAAGUGUUGUCAAGUUCAUCACCAGAUUGUUGUUUCUUCACCAAGGACCAAUUCAUAAGUUCCAAAUCACGAUUUCGUACUUUCAGAGCUGCCCCGAAAUAGACCAGUGGAUUCUUUUCCUCUCAAGGAAUGAUAUUAAGGAGUUGGUUCUUGAAUUAGGAGAAGGCGAAUUCUUCAGGAUACCAUCCUGCCUUUUCAAUUGUAAGAAAUUGUCUCGCCUCGAGCUUUUUCGAUGCGAGUUGGAUCCGCCUCUUAGUUUUAAGGGAUUCUUGUGUUUGAGGAGCCUAAACCUUCAUCAAGUUCUGAUAUCGCCCGAUGCAAUCGAAGGCCUCAUUUCCAAUUGCCCUCUCUUAGAGAGCUUAUCAUUGUCGUACUUUGAUAGCUUAGCUCUUAGUAUCCGCGCUCCCAACCUCAAGUACUUGUAUCUUGAAGGUGAAUUCAGGGACAUAUGUCUUGAAGAUACUCCACUUCUCGUUGAAAUCUCCGUUGCUAUGUAUAUGACUGAUGACAUCGCUGAGCACUUUGAGCAGAGCGCAAGUUGCAAUUUUCUUAAGUUUCUUGGUGGCGUGCCUAACCUUGAAAGGCUUGUUGGCCAUAUCUACUUCACAAAGUAUUUGAGCAUAGGUAAUGAUCUAGGAUGUCUUCCAAUAAUAUACAAGAAUUUGGAGACCAUCGAGUUAAAUCAAGUAAGUUUUGAAGAUAUGAAAGAGAUACUCGUUGUUCUUCGCUUGAUUACCAGCUCUCCCAAUCUAAAGGAACUUCAAAUUUCAGGUUCAUCAAACAUACCAAGUGCCACAGAUGCACCAGACUUGGAUUUUUGGGAGAAAGAGUGCUCUUCAAAAUGUAGACUAAGCCAUCUUAGAGUCGUGCAGUUGACAGAUAUGUGUGGUGUGCCACAUGAGAUGGAGCUUAUCAAAUUCUUGCUUGCCUCAUCUCCUGUGCUCGAGACAAUGAGUAUCAUUCCUUGUAUAUAUGUUGUGGAAAGUCAAUUAAAAAUGUUAACCGAAUUGGUGAAGUUCCGACGUGCUUCUGCCAAAGCAGAAAUUGUUUUUGUCCGUGAGUAAUCAAUCUUGUGGACUAGGUAAUGAAAUGCAUUAUUAUAUAUGUCAAUGUCACCUUCUGUGGUUAUAGUGUGUAUAACAACAUUCUGAAAUAAGACUACUUGUAAAUUAUCAAGCAAAAGUAGAAAUUUGUAUCUAUGGAUGGAAAAACGGAUACAUAUAUAUGCAGGAUAGAUGAAUUUGUCAAUUUUCACCAAUUUCCCAUCAUCCAUGGUUGCUGUUCUUGCCAUUGUUACGGUGAUUCUAUGCCUUGAAUCUAUGUCCUGUCUCUUGUUGCCAUAAGGAAUAUAAUAUUCCAAAUUGUAUGUUUUGACUCA